CGGUUGCGCCUGCGCACAAGGAGCGGCCGCGACCUGCCCGGCUGAGCCCGCCGUGUCCCGUGUGUCCCCUCGGCCGUGUCCGUGUGUCCCUCCGUCCUCGCCAUGUUCACCUGUGCAAAGUUCGUCUCCUCCGCUCCUGCGCUUGUGAGGAGGAGCCCGCGGCUGCUGGGCCAGCACCUGUCGGUGCUGAGUGGCCCCGAGGCGCGGCCGGAGCAGGUGUGCCCGGGAGCCCCCCGGGCCCUGCGGACCAGCGCUGCCCACCGGGACAUCGACACGGCCGCCAAGUUCAUCGGGGCCGGCGCCGCCACCGUGGGGGUGGCCGGGUCGGGGGCGGGGAUCGGUACCGUGUUCGGGAGCCUCAUCAUCGGCUACGCCAGGAACCCCUCCCUCAAGCAGCAGCUCUUCUCCUACGCCAUCCUGGGCUUCGCCCUCUCCGAGGCCAUGGGGCUCUUCUGCCUCAUGGUGGCCUUCCUCAUCCUCUUCGCCAUGUGACACCGCACGGGCCGGGGACAGCGACGGGGCCACCGGGGGCCGGGAAUAAAGACGGUUUGGUGACAGUCUGA